AUGGGCAAUCUAGGUGACUUAUCGCCGCAGAGCAGUGUCGCAGUCGGUAUUUUGGUCGGACUCGUCUCAACUAGCUUACAGGCGAUCGGACUCACACUUCAACGCAAGUCCCACUUACUCGAGGACGAGAAACACCCAUACGAUGUGCGCCGACCACCAUAUAAACGGCGCCGAUGGCAGGUUGGUAUGGCGAUGUUUGUGAUCUCCAAUAUCGUCGGUAGUACCAUCCAGAUUACCACAUUGCCACUACCUGUUCUUUCUACACUCCAAGCUUCCGGUCUCGUCUUCAAUACGAUAUUUGCGACCCUCAUUCUCGGUGAACCAUUCACUCGCUAUUCCUUUGCUGGUACAACUCUAGUUUGUAUCGGCGCCGUGCUGAUCGCAACAUUCGGUGCCAUCGGAGAACCUGCGCACAGCUUAAAUCAACUUUUAAUACUUUUGAAAGGCCGGCCGUUUCUCAUAUGGAUGGGCUGUACAUUAAUACUCGUGGCGAUCAUCUUGGUGGGCUCGAAGCUGUUGAAGUAUUUACUGCCGGGGACGCGUGGCAAGACUGUUGCGAGCAGCCACUUUACAACGCACUUCCUGCGUAUUCAAAGUCGAAUUAAGCUCUUUCGGGGCAUGUGCUAUGGCGCGGUAAGCGGGAUCUUAUCGGCCCACUCACUUUUACUGGCCAAGACAGCUGUCGAGCUCUUGGUGCGGACUUUGAUUGACGGGGAAAACCAGUUUAAUCGCUGGCAAUCUUGGGUGAUAUUGCUGGGCAUGAUCGCAUUGGCACUAACACAGCUAUUUUAUUUGCAUCGGGGCCUCAAGCUGUGCAGCACGAGUGUCUUAUAUCCGUUUGUAUUCUGCAUCUACAACAUCAUCGCUAUUCUAGAUGGCUUGAUCUACUUCCGCCAAGCCUCUCAGCUAGCGGGGUUUCACGCUGGUCUUAUCGCAUUGGGAACGAUCAUUCUACUAGGCGGUGUACUGUGUCUCUCAUGGAGACUAGAGGAUAUUGACAACCAUGCAGCAGUCACUGCUGGGGGUCCCACACAGACUGGCCUUGGGCCAGGCAUGGGAGUUCUUGAGGAACACUCUCCAUCGUCUUCGGGGCUGUUGGAUGGAUUCGUCGACGAGGAGUCGGGCCUCGGGGAACGAGAACCACUUCUCCAGGGUAGUAUCAGAUCGCGACAGUUUUCAUCCUAUACACGGUCUCGAGCUCCCAGUCUCCCAGUUAAUCAAUCACUUGACCAACACGAAGCUGCAGACCUCAACGCAGCUUCCAUAUGGGCCGAACUUGAUGAUUCCGAUCAUGAAUUUGGCACCGCACAGAUGCGAAAUUGGAAAGACCGGCCUCGCAGCUCUAGCAGCAGUGCAGCUUUGCAAGGUUCACUGAGUGGUAAUGGGCGUCAUUCAACAGUUGGACCUCUCUCUUAUCAACGUGUACGCGGCUCUCAUCGUCGUCAUUCCUCAACAAACGAAACCCCGCGGCGACGCUCAUCGAUGCCAUGGGCUGGAUUGAUGGGUUCUCAACGCAAGCGACAAAAUACGUCGGGAUUCGAUGGAUAUGGAGCAAUCCAAGAGAAUGAGAUUGACGAUCGGGCUCGUGAUGAAGUCACAGACCAUCAGAGCCAGAGUUCUGCGGACGGUCUCCUCGCAGGUUCGAGAAGACUGCUCCAAGCAACUUGGCGCCGUGGUCGACAUUAUAUGUCUGGAUGGACGGGCCUGCAGGCGGGUACUCAUUCUGACUCCGACGAGCAGAGUCGUGUGUCUUCUCCUUUUCUUCGCCGCGCUGAGGCUCGUUCACCCCGGAUAAGUAAUCCGCAAAAUAUUUCAACCGAUGGGCAUAGACCCGAACUUAGAUCUAAACCAUCAUCGUCAUCUCUCUAA